AAUGAAGCUUCGCUCAAAAACUUGUAAUACUUCUUCUUCAAGAAUGUCAGUUUCUAGCCAAAAAUCAGUUGUUAAUUCGCCUAAUAAAGACACAAACGUUAAAACUGGGACGAGGCAGGAACACCAAAAAGACGAAUUACUUUCCUCACUUCCCUCCACUUCAAAAUCUGCCCCUCAACUUGCUUCAACGCCCCUUUCAAUUUAUGGAACUAGAAGGAGUAGCACAGCCUCUACAGAAUUCUCACCUGACUCUCCAGGCUUUGGAAGAGUGGCGAAAAGCAAUGCUCGUCUUUUGAAUGGUUAG